GCCACCUGCACCUCCACCGGGCAACACCGACAACCACCAUGCUGGUUAUCCGGAGACAUGGCGGGAACGGAGUCAACGAUCCUGGAUCAUGUAUGUCGCUGAUGGCCAAGCUCGCCUUUGCGUAUCUGGCCUUUAUCAACCUCCUUGUGGCCAUUCUCCUCAUUUGGACUUCUGUGGACGUCAUUUAUCAGGUCACCUCGUACAGGCCGACGAGUUGCUCGGUGAGCGAGGGUUGGGUGAGGCCGUACGACUCGCUGUCAUCACCGACGUACUCGGUCAUGCUCAAUGUGGAGUACAAUGUUGAUGCAAGAACGGUGGCCACUUCAUACACUGUGGAGGAUUUGGACAAGAAGGAGUUUGAGCGCCUGUGCCGGGUCCUGUGGGGCUGUGCUCCCAACGACGACGGCUCACCGUUUGAGCUCUCGACCCUAGCCAUUGUCCCUCUGAGAACGCAAGCUGUCCAUGAGUGCUGGUUUGAUCCGAACAGCGUCGAGGCGGCGUCGAUCCGGCCCACGUACUCGACGUGGAAUGUAUUCUCGUUCAUCCUCUUUCCCAUCAACUGGAUUCUCGGCAUUGUCUUUACCGCCGUCCUCAUCCGGUCCAUCCGCCAGGACUGCACCCAACAGCGCGACCGCCAGCAAGUCCUUCGCCGCAUCGUCGCCAACCACCAAGAGCGGCGCGCCGCCGCAUUGGCGGCGCUGGGCGAUCCCCGGCAGCGUGGCGGUGCCGACGGAGGCGAGGCCAAUAGUGACGGCGGCGAGGACGCUGCCGCUGGUGACGAUGCCGCCGGCCCGUCCGACGCAGCAGCCGACGGCGGAGAGAGCACAGCCGCCACACCAACACCGCGACCGGAUGCGGCUGUGGAGCGUGGUGAGCUCGGUAGAGGCGGCUCUGGUGAAGGUGACACCGAGCCGGCGGCUGAUGAUGUGGCGAUGGACGACUUUUCGCGGUCAUCGUUUGAUUCGAGUGACGACGGCGACGACCUGGUGGUCGCAAUGGCGCCUGCGCCGUGAGGCCGCUACGCCUUGGCGCUGAGAGCUGCCCAUGUGUAUCCAAGGCCGCCAAGUGUACAGACGGCCAUGCCUGCGAUGAAGCGAGCAAUGCGAGGCUGGGCCACAAAGUCGAGGCUGCCGACAAAAGCAAGCGACAACAAGGUGACGAUCGGCAGCUUGAGAUUGGAAACGACGGCGGUGGUGAGCGCAGAAGUCCGCAUGGUGCAGACCAGAAGCGUUGUCUGAAGCACGAUGCCCUCGACGAGAAAGAUGGCGAGGGCGACAAUGAAUGCCGGUUCGCCCCAGAACUGGUAAGCACGUAGCGCUGUCCAGUCUGUUGACGCCGCUGCAAUGAGCGCCAUUAGCGGGAGCGAGAGUGCGCACGAGUAAAAGAUGAGCGUGACGA